GCGAGUCCGGGCGCCGCGUUACACUUCUGAGCGGCUUCGGGAAGCACAGGGCAGGGGAGUGUGUGCCCAGAGCGGGGGACAGGAGGCCGGCCCAGCUCCUGUGCCAGCCCAGGGACAUACCUAGAAGCCUAGAUCAGGGUGAUGAUGGUGCGUUCUGGCGCUCACGUGUGGACAGACACACCGGCGCGUCUAUGUGCUGUGGAGGCACCUGUCUUGUGAGUGGCUCCGGGCGUGGCUGCCCUUCGGACGUUCAGUUCCUGAAGAUUUACCUCUAGGGGCCUACCUUCCCGAGCUCCGGAGGGGAACCUGAGAAGUUUAACGGAGCCGGGACUGAGCAGAUUAAGAGGGGAACAGCGGCUGGGCCGGAGAGGGUGGGACUGCGGGUGCCAGGGCGGGGAAGGAAACCACCUAUUUGCCCCGUCGUCAGGCCCUAGGGCCUUUUGGCAAGACGGGCAUGACCAAAGUGGCCCUGAAAUGUCUAGAAAGCCCAGACAAUGAUGAUCACUGAGUGAGUGGCACUGGACUGAGCCUGGGCGGCUUGUUGACUGACGGAGAGGGAUGCUAGGGAGGAAACUCAGGAUGGGGACCAUCUGUUCCCCCAUCCCCAGCGGGACAAAGACCUCAUCGGACGUCUGCAAUGCCGACUGGAUGGCCUCGCUGCCCCCUCACCUCCACAGCGUCCCCCUUUCCAAUCUGGCAAUCCCAGGCUCUCAUGAUUCAUUCAGCUACUGGGUAGAUGAGAAAUCCCCAGUGGGGCCUGACCAAACCCGAGCUGUCAUGCGCCUUGCCCGGAUCUCCUUGGUGAAGAAGCUAAUGAAGAAAUGGUCUGUGACUCAGAACCUGACCUUCCGAGAGCAGCUCGAGGCUGGGAUCCGCUACUUUGACCUGCGUGUGUCCUCCAAGCCAGGGGAUACCGACCAGGAGAUCUACUUCAUCCACGGACUUUUUGGCAUCAAGGUCUGGGAUGGGCUGAUGGAGAUUGACUCGUUUCUUACGCAGCACCCCCGAGAGAUUGUCUUCCUGGAUUUCAACCACUUCUACGCCAUGGAUGAGGCCCAUCACAAAUAUCUGGUUCACCGGAUGCAGGAGGCCUUUGGAAACAAGCUGUGCUCGGCUUGCAAUGUGGAGAGUCUGACCCUGCAGACCCUGUGGGAGAAGAAGUGCCAGGUUCUUAUUUUCUAUCACUGCCCCUUCUACAAGCAAUACCCCUUCUUGUGGCCUGGAAAGAAGAUCCCAGCACCCUGGGCAAAUACCACCAGUGUGCGCAAACUAAUCCUCUUCUUGGAGACCACUCUGAGUGAGCGGGCCCCACGUGGCUCCUUCCAUGUCUCUCAAGCGAUUCUCACCCCCAGAGCAAAGACCAUCGCCCGAGGCCUGGUCGGUGGCCUCAAGAACACACUGGUUCACAGGAACCUUCCUGUCAUCCUGGACUGGGUAAAAACUCAGAAGCCUGGAACCAUGGGUGUCAACAUCAUCACGUCUGACUUCGUGGACCUGGUGGACUUUGCCACGACUGUCAUUGAAUUGAAUGACCUCCUACAGGAGGAUAGAGCUUUGGCUAAAUGCUGAUUCAAUUUUUAUUUAUCUUAAUAUUGAAUCUUUUGAUCCAGGCUAGAGUUCUGAAGGGUUUUCUGUUAGGAUGGCCCCUGGGCAGUGAUGGUGAAGUGAAUAGAAGGAGAAGGAGGGUGUUUUUUCUUUUUCCCCUCCUCACAGGGCCAUUUGGAUAAAAUUGAAGAUCUUUUCAUUGCAUUUUUCCCAGUGAGACUUUUGAAAAACUUAAGUCCAAGGGAAGAAAGCAUGUUUCAUGAGAUCGAGGCGAGGAUUUCCUCAAUGGUUUAUGAUGUUGAAUGUUAUAUGGAAAUGGAGUCUCCAAGAUACAUUGGGGUAUUGUGUGUCCUCCCACUAGGCCUAGUUCCCUGUUGUCUUCCAGGAUGUUGUGUUUGAGUCAGUGAGAAAACUGAACCAGAAAAGCAUUCCUGGUCAAAAGAAUGACUCCUUGCAGGUGUAGACUGCCCUGUGCGGUGGCUCUACUAUCAAGCUUGGGUUUUGAGGGGAGAAAGGGCCAAACACCAGUUCUCUCUAGACAUGUUGAAUGUCAGCACUUCAUCCCUGAGAGAGUAAGACAUUUAUCACCAAAGUAUUUCAGCUACAAGCUGUUCUUGCAUAGCUUAUCCUUGGUAAUUAGUCAACUUCAUUCUUCAGAUAAACAGUGCAGACUGCCGUUGGUGUCAGAAAUGUGUUUCCCACUUUUAAAGCAUUGAUUCCUUUCUCUUUGUUUUGGCCUCUUCUUAAAAGUGAAAGGAACAAGGACCAGAGAUAUUUUCAUUGUGGGGCCCAACAAUAGACAGACAUGCAUGUUUAUUGCACGCCAGAUUUUUUCAAAAGUUUAAUUCUGUAGCUUUUCCCAAAAUGGCUGCCAGGUAAGCACCUCCAUCAUUUGGACAAAAUUGUCUUCGGAGUAGGAUCUUCAAGCCAGAGCUUGGAGUUGCAUUUCUUUGUUGUCUGCCUUGGACUUGGGUCUAUGCCAUGGGACACAAUGCUAAUGGAAGGGAGCUUGUCUGUGACACCGCGGCGGCAGACACAGGAUGCAUGGAAAGUGCAACGGAUUUAAGGAGGACACGCCAAGUGAGUUUGGAGCCAUUCUGUAACUCCUUGAAAACAAGACUACCUCGGGGGACAUUUAGGAUGACUUGGAUGUCGUCAAGUGAGAAAUAUCCAGUGUUGGAACAUUUCUAGUUCGUGUCUUCCUUGUGCUGAGCCUAGUAAUCACCACUGCAUGAGGGCUUUGAAACUCACAAGGGGAUUUUUUUUUAUUAUUGAUAAGAGGUGCUUAUCCAUAAAAAGCUCUCUUGUGUUUUAUUUAUUCACUUAUUUAUUUAUAGAUUAAGUAUCUUCAGUGCUUCUUACCUCAUGAGCACUCACCAAGGAGCUUCCUGAACUUUCUCACCCAGGCCCGAUGCUGCCAUGGUCUUCCUCCUUAGCAGGACCAUGCAUCUCAGGACUGUGAGUGACCUGUGACUCUGCUGUAGAUGUCCUGGCUCCUCAGUUAAGAGGGCAGACGGGGUUCGUGUGUGGGUGCAGUCCAGAUCUGAGAAGCCACUCGGAAGCCACGCACUGGGGCAGAUGAUGAAAAGGGUAGUGAAGAACUCUCAGUUCUUGAGGAAGACCCUCCAGAAAAGGAUUGAAAAUAAAGCAGCCAGGAAGAAAACUGAGCAUGGGAAUGCGUGCACUUCGAUGCUCCUAAGAACUGCCUGAGAAUCUGUAAGGAAGUGUUAGCUUCCAGGUUCUAAAGGAGAAAAGAUAAGCAUGCAAUCCUGGGUGGCUGUGUGCAUGUAUACAGAUCGUUGGACCACCUCCCAGUAGUUUCCCAUUUGUACUUUUCGAUGCUCAUGGCUGGAUUUGCAUGCUGCCUGCAGUGGGGGGUAUCCUAGAGUUGCUACUAAAAGCACAUGCACACCCCCAAUUCUUGGUCUUCCAACCUUUACUCCCUGUGAAGGAAUUUAAGCCCUGACCUUUAGCUUCCACAGCUUGAGGAGGUCAUAACACAAAUGCCUCUUCUGGGCAUUAACUUUUCUUACAUUUGAGCUCCUCUCCAAAGAGGUUUCUGAGAUUUUAUUGUCAAAUUCUUUAGGACCUUCUAUGGAAAGGAGUAAGGAAGUGAGUGCCCUCACUUUCUCCAUUUCCCUUCAAUUCUGAUAUUAAACUCCAGUGAUGAGCUCUGAAAUCCCUGGCCCACCCUCAGGGUUUUAUUUGUUGUUAUUGUUUCAUUUGGGUCUUGUGUUUAAUUCAUGCUCAAUUGCUAGGGACUAGAUCAGUUCCCCCUCUUUAACCCUUUGUUACUUGGCAAAGAGAUAAGGAGGCAAGAGGAGAAUUCUUCUUCUCUGUUUUAUUUGAGCCUCAGCUUUGUCCAGGUGCUUGGUGCUACGAGGCCAGGUGUGUGACAGGUGUCUGCACAGGAUACCAGUGACACUCAAGGGCUGCUGACUGUUCAGUGAAAUGUUUACUUAAUUUUUUCCCUUUAGUUUUAAAAUAUAUAGUUGCACUUGGGCUGUACCGUUUAACUGCACCGCAGUGUUUGCAUGCUGAGAGAAAAGUCACCGAGCAUGACAAAGAGCACAGCCCGCGGUACCAAGGGCGUGUGCAUGGAGUCCCGCUCUGCAUGGCGAGUGCAGGGGCUCGCUCCUUCGUGCUGCUGUGGGUGGCAGCCUGACUUGCAUUUUGAAAUCCUGUGCAGGAGUUCUGGGAGAUAGGAGGAGGGGGAUUAUGUACAGUUCACCCUUGAGAAACACCUUGAAUUAGCUAAAUGUCUGCCCCAAGGAGGAGUUGCUCCAUGUAUGAUAAGGGGUGUGUGCAUUCUGCUCCUUGACAGAAGGCCAAGCAGGAGACUCGGUGGUGGGACAGACUUGAGUUCUGUGACUCAUUCUGCCUCUGCCACCAAUAAAAAUGGUGACCCGACCAUAUCACUUAUUCUCACAAGCUCUAGGGACCUUUCUGAUCAGAUAAGUUUAUCUUAUUUACUAGUACUCAGAAUUAACUUCAAGGUCAGCUAAAAAGCUACUUGAUUGAUCCAAAAGAGGAUGUUAGGAUUCAGGGCCAUGGUUAUCCUGAAAAGCAGACUGAAUUUUUUGAGGUCCCUGGACCAUUUGCCACUUGGCCAAGGGGACCAUUACAGGUUUCAGUUAGAUUACAGCAGAGUUGAAAGGCUUGAGAUGGAGCCUAUUAGAGGUGCUGCGGUGGUUUCAUGGGUACAGAAAAUAUUCUUAGGUUUGGAGAGAGAAGUCAAGAUAGAACGCGUGAAAUGAGAAAUGAUAGAAAAUUAAAAUUGUAAUUUAAUGGCAGAUCUAAAGGGUCAAGCCAAAAAAUAUCAUCUACCUUCUGUAUCAGGCUCUCUAGUAGUUAAAUUUAGUUACUUUCCUUAGUGCUGAGCCCAGACCCCUGCAUUCUUGAGAACCAUUAAGUCACAGUUUAAAAAAGGAUUUUCUAUAAACUCAAAGAAAAGCACAAGAUUCAGGUCCCAGAAAUGAUCGAUCUUCAGAAUCCUAGUUUUCUUUCAUCUCUUCAUCUUCACAAAGUUUGUGUUUCUGUUCAAGAAGACUAUGUGGUGGAACACUCCAGAGUUAAAUGCAGUUUUGUGGUGAAACAGUAUUUUCUAUUUCUGUUUUUUCUGAAUCUUACCAUAAGAAAGUGCUCCACAUCGAGACGUUGUGGCAACCCAACUCAAAGGCUUAACCCAAAGCUAAAGGUGGAGACGGAAUGAAGACUGCAAUGAAACCACCUGUUUUCCUGGGAAGCAAAAGGGCCGCGCAAAUCCAGACCAUCUGACAGAGUUAGUUCAUGCUGCAGUUGAAGUUUUGUCACGUUCUCUCUUGGCUGACUGCAGAUGUUUACUGUCAGGUUCUGGGAAACAGAACGGGCUAAUGAAUGGGGCACAGGCAUGAGGCCCCCCUCCCCGGCCUCAGCAAGGAAGUGAUCCUGAGCUAAAUCUGCCUUGUUCUUCCAUCUGGAAUAAAGAUGCCAGCCUGCUACUUUGGUGCUGUUUUGCAAAUCUUGGUCAAGCAGCUCCCCAAAGCAUCAGGUCUCUAAUGGUGAGGUUAAAUGCUAUAUAUUAAGCAGGUGUACAGUUGUGAUUCUUCUUUGUGUGCAUAUGUGGAGAAAUGCUACUGGGGUUAUUUCUCAAACGCUCCACUGUUAGAUGGAAAUUGUCUAACAACGGCGCCUUUAGUGAUGUGAACAGUGAGAUGAGCGGGGCUGAAAGAAAUCUGCUGAUGUGUAUGUGAACACCUGAGAGUUGGGCUUUCCCCAGUGCACACCAAGUAGUCAUGGUAUGCCAGGAGGAUGUGUAUAGAAAUGGUAACAUCAAACUCCACAGUGAAAGAAGUUUGGUUUGUAUGGCAUAGAACAUGGCUGUCCCUCCAAAUUCCACUAACUUUCCAGUACAUAUUGGCCCUCUGCCUCAGACUGCUUCCUGCUAUUUGCUGCCGUGGCUUUGUCACUCACACAUGUUGUCUUGGGACACACAGGAGUGGAUUGGUUGGGUGGUAAGUGAUUUAACUGGAAGCUUUACCCUUAGUUCCAAUAGAUGCUAAACAGCUCUUUACUGCCCCAAGGUUCCCCAGCUUCCUGCUAGAAAUAAUGAUGCUAAGGACAUUAUGUCACUGGUUUGGCCCUAACCCAGAGAACGCAGCACACAAUGCCAUGGUGUUGAAGUACCACAUUCUUAGACACUGGAAGCACUCUAAGAUAACUCCUUCUAUCCUGCAGUGGACAUAGUGUUCUAGUCUUUUCUCCAACAAAUCUUAUUCUUAGGGCUUUCCAAAUUCAUUGGUAAGCCACAUCGUUUGGAUGAAAUGUUUUUCUUCUCUUCAUUGGGAAUUCAAUCCCAUAGUCUAUUAAGACAACUCCAUCAAUGGUCUAGAGCCAUUUUCUAUUUCCUUCAAAGAAUACCACUUUCUCCUCUUGUUUCCUGGCCAUCCUCUGUCAUCUGCUGAUUACUGUGAAUCGCAGGAUGUUGGCAAAACUUACAGUAAAAGGCACAUACACUCAACAAUGUCCAAACACACUCUUAUCACAGUGGUUUUAGCUCCUUACUCUUCUCAGAUGCAUUAUCCAGCUCCCCUCCCUGCUUCUACUCAGUUACUAGAACUGUCCCUGAUUGGAGCCCAGAACUUGGGGCCAGUACUUUAUUCAGAUAUCAGGGGCUUGCCCCCAAGCUAUGAGCCCAACAAGAAGCACAGCACUUUGAAAAGUCAAAUAGGCCUUUGGCAGCUUUGAACAUUUGCAGUUUUACAUUUGUUAUUAGUUUAUAACACUAAUAACACUUUAGUCAUAAAUCUGUAAUAUCAAUAUGAUAAAUCUUAGUACAUAGUCUAGAGACAGUGGUACCUUGCUGCUAUUAUACUUACUAAUUUAUACACCAAUUAAUAAGUAUUACAUAUAGAUUGUGUUUGCAUUACUGUAUUGUGUAUGCAUAUAUAUAGUAUAUAUGCCAACUGUAAUACUUAACCUCACUGAUCAGCAUUUUAAAAAUUCAGUAGCCCCCCCCCCACCCUUAUCCACAGAGGAUAUGUUCUAAGAUCCCCAGUGGAUACCUGAAACCAUGGAUAGUAAUGAACUAUAUAUGCUGUGUGUUUUUUUCCUACACAUACAUACAUUUUCACUUAAAGGAAGCAUUUUGUGGCUUCUCUUUGGCAUAUCAGAAUUGCCAGCAUGACUACUCUUACAUUUUGGGGCCAUUAUUAAGUAAAAUAAGGGUUACUUGAACACAAGCACUGCAAUACUGCGACAGUCAAUCUGAAAACUUAGGCUACUAAGUAACUGGUAGGCAAGUAGCGUGGACAGUAUAGAGACACUGGACAAAGGGGUGAAUCAUAUCUUAGACAGGAUGGCUUGAGAUUUCAUCACGCUACUUAGAACUGUGCAAUUUAAAACUUAUGAAUUGUUUAUAUCUGGGAUUUUACAUUUAAUUUAUUUGGACUGCUGCUGACCACGGGUAACUGAAACCAUGGAAAGCAGAACCUUGCAUAAGGUUGGACUACUGUACAGAGAUUGUCAUAGUGAAAGUAAGUCUGGUCAAUUCAGAUGAUACAUGAAUCUGAAAAUGUUCUAUUAGAUAUUAUAUUUUGUCCUCUAUGCUUGUUUUAUAUUACAGUGCAUGCCAUUAGCUAAACUGUGCAAAAUAAUAAUAGUAAAUUAUACCAAUUUUAAGGUUAGAAUUAAAAUUUUACAUAUAUGCUGCUUGAUACUCCGAAAUGUAUUUUGUGGCCUAAUUAUCUUAUUCAUACACAUUUCACAUGGCUUUUCUCCCCUAGGAAAUAAUUGUUCAAAUAUCUCCCUCUCCUGUCUUGUAACCUGGAUUAUACUGCUUAAUUCAAACUAAAACAUUGUAAAGCCAGAUUACCUCAUUUUAACUGUGAAAAAGUUCAAUCGAUAUGCUGAUAUGAUGUCAUUUCUUUGUAUUUGACUUGAACUACCUAAAUAAGCUUAAACCUAAUAAUAAAUAUAAAACUGGAGCAGGCA